UUGCAGUUCCUCUUUGAGAAUCUAUCGUCUUCUCUCAAUAUCUGAUUUGAAGUAAUUUUGAGCAUUUCGAUUUCCUGUGUGUGAUAAUGGUGAAUGGAAAGCGAUGGUCGGUGACCUACACGAAGCAUAUCAAGCAGAAGCGUAAAGUAUACCAGGACGGUUACUUAGAGCUCGAAACUUCAGCAAACAAGAUUACACUUUAUGAUGAUUGUGAGAAGCUCCUUGGAAGCAGGAUUGUGAAGAUAGGUGAUAAUGUUAGUUCAGGCGAAACAAUUGCUUUUGAUUCAUAUCUGGUUGAUAUUGGGGAGGUUGAUGGAGGUUGUGCCCCGGUGACUAGCCUGAAUGAAGAUUGUGUUUUGAUUGUGAAAGAGAAUUUUCAACAGAAGAAUAGGAAAAUUACAGAAACAGUUGGUUUGGGUCAUGGGAAUCGGUUCAGACACAACCUACUUCCUUCUGAAGAUACUAAACCAAUUUUGAGGAAAAAUAUAACAUCGAGCAAGCUAAGUCCAUCACAAAGGAUCAUUCAAGGUUAGGUCCAAUUAAGUUCCUUCUAU